UUUUUUAUAACUUAUGACGACUUAUAGCCAUGAUUAUAGUUUAUUGCUGAUCUAAGAAGUUUAAUGCUGAACCGAAGAAGACUAACGAGCGUUAAUGGGUUUAAUUAGUUGGGAAGAUCAUUUUUAAAGGCCUUGCAAAUGCUUUGUAGACCAUUCGACUCCCCUUUGGCCGUACAAAUAGCUAAGCGUAGGGUGGAAGAGGAAUACGCAGUUGUGGGAACUUGGGAAGAAACGAAUAUUACCUUGACGGUGUUGGAACAUUAUAUACCGCGUUAUUUCGCACGUGCGACAACGAUCUAUCCAAUUUUUGCGGAAAAACUUAAGAAUCGGAAUCGCAACAAUCGCAAACCAAUAGUCGAUGAAGAUGUCAAAGCGAUGGUGCGAAGGAAUUUCACAAAUGAAUACGAGUUUUAUAAUUUCUGCAAACAGCGUCUAUAUAAACAAUAUAUUGCCAUCAAGCGAUCGCAAUUGGAGCAAGUGUAUUUAUCGUAAGAUGUAGAACUCUUUUGAGUCAGAACUGUUGCUAUUACAGCACUAUCUCAUUGUAUCCAAAGUUAGAGAAUAAACAUUAUUACAAACCAUUUUGAAGAGUAUUUUCCUUUAGAGAGUGACAAAAGAAAGAGAAACUUUAGCACACGUAUCGAAAGUGAAUAACUUCUCAACUCAUACAGAUUGCCUCAUUAUUUGUGUCUCAUUCUGCGCUCAAUCUCAAUUCUCUGUAUAUUUCAUCGUUAUCAAAUCCCCCCACUUAGCCCAACUCCAAACCCCAAUCCU